UUAACUUGUCUAUUCAUUGAGGAACAUGUGUUUGAACAGGAGCGGUUUUGUAAAUUGGGAUUAAUUUUUAUGGAUAAUGAAUAUAAAAAUAUAGGUCUGAAAUAAAGUAAAGUUCAAGUUAGUUUAUUAAUACGUGAUCAAAAAGAAUUAUAUAUUUAUUCCACAACGGUGUAUCUACCUUUAUUUUUAAUAAUAGUUUCAAACAGUAAAGGAUAAUUAUAAAUUGUGAAAAGAAGAAAAAAACGAAGGUCGGGGAUAUACAAAAACGAUUUUUAAAAUUAUAAAAGUGGAAUAACAAAAAACUUAACCAGAUGACGGACUAAAAUUGGAAAUACAAAAAGUUUGAAAUCGUGAGGGGUUUAUUUAGAGAACCUGAUGGCAGACGAUACUUUGUGUAUCGGGGACGUCGUCUGCUUGUACUCGGCCGAGUCAUACGGCUUCGUGUUCUCCUCACAGAGCAGCUCUGUACAUAAUGAGGUGGCCGUUGGUUCUAAACAAGAUAAAGUAAAACCUGACGUGAAGGACCAGAAUUUGCUAUCUUUUGAGAUAUGUAUAGCCAACAGAUACAAGUUAAACAAAACUUUCCGCAAGAUCCGCACAAAGAUUGAGGAGGAUCCAAAUAACUUAACAUUGCGGAAUCAGCAUCAUCAGGCACAGUUGGCUGCCAAAGCUGAGACAGAUGACAAUGAGCAGGAACAAAAAAGACAGCAAGGCAAAAAACUUCUCUAUGGCCAAAUUAUACAGCUCAAACACAAGUUUACGCUCAAGUACAUUCAUGUCAGCACCACAACAACCUCGCCAACAGAGAGCAACAACAUGGCUGUUGAGUUGCAGGAGUUUGAUGCAAAACAUGCCCAGUUUAAGGUCAUGCCGAGAUACAAGGUCAAGGCAGAGGGUGAUGUGGUACAAGUUGAUGACCAGAUUGUGUUUGAGAGUGUAAAAUCUUCAGGACAGUAUCUACAUGUAUCAAAAACAUUGCUUGGUGGACAGUCAGUGUAUCAAAAAAGGGAAUCAGAUACAUCAACAGACGGCAACUAUGAAUUAAACUUGUCAGUUCAGCAAUCCGGUUUCACAAUCUACCGGAAAUAUAAACCGUCCCCAGAUGAUGAGAAAAAAGUCAAGGUUGGGGACAUUGUUCGGUUCUACCAUAAGGAGAUGGAAGCAUAUCUGGUGGCCGAGGGAUUGUUUGAUGAUGAGCUCACAGAAGAUGUACAUUUGCGGAUGCGACCCGUGGAUCAAGCCAACCCAAAGACAUUAUUUCCCAGCAGUUCUGCUGUCACCUACUGGCAGAUUGAACUUCAGCAGGGCUGUGUAGCAGGUGGUGUCUUAAAAUGGGAACAACAGUGUAGGCUGAUGCAUAUGUGUACUCGGAAAUACCUGUGUGUGGCUCAAGGUGGAAAAGUGACCUUGACCUCAGAUCACCUUGACCCUAAAACAGUAUUCAGACUUCAUCCUGUGAUUAGAGAAAGUGAUGAUAUACCGGAGGACAGUUAUUGUAGAAUGGAACAUGUUGUGUCGGGACAAUGGUUGCAUGCAUCUACAGAUGAGUACAAGAACAAGAAACAAGAAGAAGGGAAGACAGACAGUAAAUCAAUGGGCUCAUUAAAAUGGACAACUGCUCAACUUAGAAAGAUUGGUGUUAUAGAGGAGAAACAGUAUGAUGAUGCCUUCACUCUACAGUCAGUGGAUCAACCAUUGGAGGAAAUCUUUAACACAAUGGCUGGAAUGGUUCCCUUUAUACAGAAACUUGUUUCAGAUAAAAAAGCUGGAGUGGUACUGAAUGCAAAGAUGUCCUAUAACGUCUCCACUGCUUUGAAAGAGAUCUGUUCAUUUAUGGUAGUAGAUGGGGAACCAAUCAAACAAAGACAAAAGCUGAUGAGAAAUCUGAGAAUAGUAGAACUUCUUGUAAACCUGCUCAAAUGUCCGUUCAAUGGCGCAGAUCAGUAUCACAUGACGAGAAUAUUCAGUGUAGCAUAUGAUGUAUUGUACACAUAUCUGAUGGGGAACUCCAGAAAAAAUGAGUUAUAUAUAGCAAAAUACAUAGAUUUCUUCCUCACACAGUUUGAAAUUAAAGAGGGACAUAUUGGUUUGAAUGCUGCACACAUGGUUAUGGAGCUGAUUCGUGACAACAGAAAAAUCGUGGACAGAAUAACUCACGAUCACAUUGACAAAUUUGUGGAUCUUUUACGACGUGAUAAGAACUAUCACUACCUAGACUUACUAAGUGUGUUAUGUGUGUGUGAUGGUGUGUCCAUUGCUGACAACCAGAAAUAUAUCACGGAAGUUUGGCUUAUGCGCGGAAUGAAUUGUGUGUUUUUCACAGAUCUUGGCCAGAAGAUUGGGUUAGAUGAUGGAAAGGUGUAUGUAUCUACAAACAAUGGAAAAUCUUACGUAGACUUGUUCACAUUCUCAAAUAGACAUCUCGAGGAUAGAGAUAAAGAUGAUGAUGAGUAUUUGUUCCUGGAGCAUCAACUAGAACUGUUUGGCUACCUUUGCCAUGGUCAGAACAGUCACUCAAUAGCAGUGAUAACACAAGAGUUGAAUUACCUGACAUGGGAGGAGGCGUUUACCUGCCUCAGUGACGACAGAUUACCUGAUCAACUGAGAGCCAUGUACUGUGAUCUUAUCAUUACAAUGUUUGUGGACAUAGCGGACAAUCAUUCUGUGGUAGAUAGAGUCAAGCUGUCAUAUAUCUAUGAUGAUGUGGAUAAUGAGGAGAAUCGAACGGACAAUACACAAUCUUUGACUUACCAGUAUUUUCCACAAAUCAGUCAUUGGAUCUCAGAUUUUCUGGGUAGGAAUGGUGACAUGACAGCAUCCCUCAUUGGUAAUAACAUGCUUGUCAGACAGGUAUUGCGGUUGGUACAUUACCUGGUAUUGUUUGGGUUUUAUGACAAGUCUGAGGAUAUCAAGAAAUUACUGGAACCAUUGAUGAGUCUCCUAGAUGGUAGAAAUGACAAACCUUAUCCAAAAUGUGAAGGGAAAGAGGCUCAGGAGAUACUUGCAGUGUUCCGCCAGUCUGAGAGAUUCAAACCCAGUCCAGAAACAAAGGCCAUCGUGGAGGCCAAAGUGCAAGCACUAGAAGUGUUGGAUUUGUUUUUCAACUUCAUUUUCAACAUCAGGCUGGAGAAAUUCAUCAACCUUUUCAAAACAACCAAUCAGAUUGCCAACCAACCUGGAGGUGUGGCAGAAUUAGCUCCCCUUAUGUAUGACAGUUUUGAGUUGGAAACAAAUGCAGGUGAAUCAGCCAUAGACUGGAGGGUAGCUAGAGCUGGUAUGAGGAAACUAACGGAGAUAUUUGAGAUUACUUCAUUCAUGAAGGGAUAUGAGAUUACAGAGAUACUUCUUGAUUUGUCCCACUAUGAGUAUGAUGAUAUGGUACGCAAGUCUAUGCACCUACUUAACAGAUAUUUCUCUGCUCACAACAAUCUCUAUCAAAGAGCAGUGCAGGCACAGGUAUUGAUCACAGAUGGUUCAGUGAAUGUAUACAAGGAGUUGGAGGAGAAGUUGCCAGUAUUGAGGAGAUUAUCAGCAAACAAACUGGGAGACAGUGAGGCAAACCAGUUGGCAAAUAUUCUAGAAACAUUCAUACAUUUUUGUCACUUGGAUGGUGAAGAGGAGGAGCCACAUUCCAUGAACCAGAGCAUUCUUUACAAUAAUGGAAUCAUUGAGGAUGCAUUUUCUAUCCUGUCUCAAGAGAUUGAUGUCAAAUUGCUGGACCAGUACACUGGGUUACGUCAGGUGUUUGAGAAGACAUUUAUUCUGUUGAAACGUCUAGCCAGAGAAAAUCAAGUUGUACAAGAACGCUUGUUUGACCGUCUUGACCUACUUCUAGGCAAAGAAGGUGCGGCACCAGAGCUGGCGGAGGCACUUACAGAGGUGUUUACUGGAAAUUCUAAGACAUGUAUGAAAAUAGCCCAACAUCAAGUACAGAAGAUUAUGGCCCUUGUGGCAGAAAACAAGUCUCAAGUUCCACAGUUCUUAGACCUCCUCAAUGCCGUUGUCAAAGUGGAAGAGUUAGAUCUGCCGUUGAAACGUAACCAAGGUUUUGUCAUGACAUACUUCAUGCAGUUUAGGUCAGAGGUUGCAGCUGUUAUUGACCAGGAUGAAAAAGCAAGGGAGAGUAUUCUGACAUCAUCAAACUCCACAGAUCUUAACUUCCUGAUCUCAAUGGUGGAUCUACUAGCUACAUGUGCUGAGGGAGAAAACAGGUUUAUUGAGUCAAUCUGUCAGACAAUAUUCAAGAUUCCGGAGUUAUUGAAAGUUCUUAACAAUCCGAAUAUCAAUGACAACCUGAAGAGGCCAUUCUUGAGGUUCUUCCUGUGGGUUUAUCUGAACACAGCUAGUGGCAUGAUUGAAAGUGGGGCCGGGGACAUCCCUCAUGAUACAGCUAUGUGGGGUUAUAUCACAAGUCUGAGUGGGACACUGGUAACAGUGACUGAGUAUUGCAGAAACAACCCAGAAAUUGUCAAACAGUUACUAAAGAAACCUCCAGGAAGAAGGUACUUCAAUCUAGACUUUUUAUUUUCAUAA